UGGACAUGGUGACCCUGGCAACAGCCCUGGAGCUGUUUAAUGAGCAUGAGCUGCAGCCCAGUGACCACGUGAUGGACGUGGUGGAAGUGAUCCAUUGCUUGACCUCUUUGUAUGAGCGGCUGGAGGAGGAAAGAGGCAUUCUGGUCAACGUCCCUCUCUGUGUGGACAUGAGCCUGAAUUGGCUGCUCAAUGUUUUUGACAGUGGGCGCAGCGGGAAGAUGCGGGCCCUCUCCUUCAAGACGGGCAUUGCUUGUCUCUGCGGCACGGAGGUGAAGGAGAAAUUCCAGUAUCUCUUUAGCCAGGUGGCUAACUCCAGCGGGCUCUGCGACCAGAGGCAUCUCGGCAUCUUGCUCCACGAAGCCAUCCAAGUCCCGCGACAGCUGGGGGAAGUGGCGGCGUUUGGCGGGAGCAACGUGGAGCCCAGUGUGCGCAGCUGUUUCCGCUUUGGAAAUGGCAAAGCAGCCAUUGAGGCAGCUCAGUUUCUGGAGUGGGCAAACUUAGAGCCACAGUCAAUGGUGUGGCUGGCCGUCCUUCACCGAGUAGCCAUUGCUGAGCAAGUAAAACACCAGACCAAGUGCUCCAUCUGCCGGCAAUGCCCCAUCAAAGGUUUCAG